AAUGACAGGGAUGGUCCUAACAAGGAAGGGGAUCUAGCCACUACCCUAAUUGAAGCUACAGAAUGCUGUGUGUACAGCCUGGCAUUCUGGAGCUCCAAAUUUAAACUUGCUCAGAGGGGAACUAACCAAGUGGCCUGAGUUUGGAGGUGGAAUGGAAAUGUUCAGAGGACAACUGAUGUCUGCUGUGUCAUGCUGCAAUCAGGGAAGAUGGCUGGGUGUAUACAGCCACAGCAAGCUCUGAACUGAGAGGGGAACUGGUCAAGUGUGCCCGGGAUUGUUGGUGGCAUGGAGAUACUCAGGGGGGAACUGAGGUAUGGUCAGUUCCCCUCUGAGUAAAUGCAGAGGAGCAGCACAGCGUUUGCUGACACACAGUUCCCAGGGUAUGACGACUCUCAGCAAGGGAAACAGCAAAGCUUUGAAAGUGAAGAGGGAGCCAGGGGAGAAUGGCACAAGCCUUACAGAUGAAGAACUUGUCACAAUGUCUGUACGGGAGCUAAAUCAACAUCUUCGUGGUUUGUCUAAAGAAGAAAUUAUACAGCUGAAGCAGCGCCGACGCACACUUAAAAACCGUGGCUAUGCAGCAAGUUGCCGAGUGAAACGCGUUACUCAAAAGGAGGAGCUGGAGAAGCAGAAGGUAGAACUGCAGCAUGAAGUGGAGAAACUUGCUUCUGAGAAUGCCAGCAUCCGCCUGGAAUUGGACUCUCUGAGGUCAAAGUAUGAAGCUCUGCAGAACUUUGCCCGGACUGUAGCACGGAGCUCCAUCACCCCUCCAAGGGGACCAUUUUCCCCAGGUAUAAGGCCUCUCAUCCCUGGCAAAGUGGCCGCUACUAGUGUCAUUACCAUAGUCAAAUCUAAAACAGAAACACGGUCUUAGGGGUGUGGCAAUCUUGAUUGCACUGCUCACCUUCCCAAACUUUUUCCAAAGCACAAGUACCCGAAGAUUUCCUUGACUACAGACGGGAUUUCUUACUUACAGCAUGGGGAGGUACAGGAGUAUCAUCUAUAGGAAAAGUUGGGGUUUGGGGUGCUGCCGGUGAUUACAUGAUAUGUCACCAUAUGUAGGGGGAAAUGACAAAUGGUGAGUGGUCCGCACCAUGCAUUGUCCAAGCACUUAGUCCAGCCAUCGUCCAUCAGGAAGGCGAGAAGAAGGGCUGCAAAGCCACUAAUGUCUACACAUUUGUAAACAACUUUAUUUUCCAUACUUUUUAUUGGUGUCCAGUGUCUCCUGUACUGUCCAGUUGUUCAUCUUUAUUUAUGUAGUGUGAAGUAAGGUCGUGAGAUACGUCACUGGUCAGUAUGUGCAGUUGAAACUUGAAGUAUGCAGUGUUGUGGGUCAGUCUGUAUGGUGUGAUGUCUGGUAGUGUUGUUCAUUUGUGGAAUUGUGACUGAUGUCUUCCAGAGUGUGUGUGCAGGAUUAUUCUUUCUUUGCUAUUGUCAUUUUGGACCACGCUGCUGUUUUUCGAUUGUGUUAUUUUGUGAUGUGAGGUUGUGCAUUUUAUGAGACGUUGUCAUUCUGUAAUGUCAUUGUGUGUGAUCUAUUGUGCUCCAUUUUGACAAAGACUGUUAUAGGUGUUUUCCAAGUGGCAUCCUUUGAACUUGUUGGGGUUUCUGUGCCAAGCAUUAGAUAGUAAAAUCUGUUCAUCCUGUAAGGCUUUUAAAGUGCAUUAUUAGAGAUAACAAUCUAAUCUCUAAGGAUAUAUUCACUCCAGCUAAUCAUUCAUUUGGAAAGGUGUCUCAACACGAAUCUGAUGCAUGAAUCCUCACAGGUACUUUCCAUUUGAGUACAGUGACUCCUCUUCAGUUGGCUUUGGUACCCAGUCCAUAUUGAAAGCAAUAUAAGUUAUCGUUGCUCAAUGACCCUUUACAGUAUUAUUAUUGAAUAUGAAUAAAUAUAUCCUACAACUGAAAAUGCCUUAGAAUUUGGUUUAUCUUGUUUUCAUUUUAAAGAGAGAAGGAAGGGUGGUAAGUGGCAGGAUACCAAGUUGGUAGACAUGGGACCAUGAGACAAAAUCAAAAGGGGGUGGUAACAUGCUACCAGAGGGGACAUGAUCCCUAGGCAGGCCAAUGGGAGCCAAGAGGGUGACUGAGUGGCAGGGGAGAGAGUGGAGAAUGUGUCAGGGUAAAAGACUUCGGGGAAGGGCACAGGAUGCCAGGAAAAUAAGUUGUUGGGACAGAGAAAGAGAGAGUCACCAGGGGAAAAGGCGAUAGAUUUGUUUUGUUCACCCCAUUCCAGUGUUUUAGAUAGAUUUUAUUUUAGAUAAUUUCUCUUUAUAUACUGCUGCCCUCCUCCAUGUAAUGUAGGGGAAAGUGCACCGUUGUGUUAAUAAAGUAGGGGAUUGACAGCUAACACCACGAAACAGGGACUCCCAGAUACCUCACGCUUCAUGUGCUUUUCUGUAUUACAUCAUCACCACUAAGUGCUGUGAUGUCAUGACCUGAGGAAACCCCAGAUUGUGUGGGGAAGGCACUGGGUAUGUCCUGGGACAUUCCUAGGGCCUAAAUCCAAUGUGAUUAGUGGUGAUGAUAAUACAAGACAUUCUUACUCUGCUCCUAUAAUAGUUAUUUUUAUCUAAUCAGAAUUUGAUUGGACAGAACAAUAAAUCUUGUCAGCUGUGAUGUCGCUCAGCCAUCCAGUCACAAGGUAGCUAUUUGUUGAAAAAUAGACAAUGUCAUGUUCUACACUGGCUUGAGUGUAGCCAUGUACCAUGUUAGUCUAAAGUGUUGGAAAACUAGUCACUUUGAAGUAUGAUUGACUGUUACACACAGUGGAACAGCCAUGCUGUGAUCUGAACCAAUACUAACAUUACCGUAGCAACUAGUGACAUCACUGAGGCAUAAGGCACAGAGUGCCUCAUUGAUAUAACUAUUUUCAAAUGAGAGUAUGCUUUCUCAAGAUUAUUAUCUCAGCCCAAAAAAUGCUGCCGCAACUGUGCAUAGGCAACAGGAACACAUUAUUGUAUAGUAUAUUAGUGGUCAUUGGUUUAUUCCUUUAGUUAAAAAAAAAAAAAAAGAGAUAGCAGCACCUUACUUGUGGCUUGGUAUUUGUCAGGCACUUCUUUGUAUAGAAGUCAAUAUUUUGGCAUCCUUUGCAAUACAGUACAAAUAACACAAAUGUUCUGCAACCAAUAGGAUUAUUUAUUCUGUGCAAAUGAGCAGGGUCCUCUGUAACCUGUCUUCAUGUCUGCAUUUACAUUGUUUCCCUUAUUUGCCCCUGUUUUUAUGUUUGCCCAAUUUUCCCACACGCGGAACAGUGUAUGCCCUUACAAUUCAACAACAGUAAUAAUAAAUACAGAUUAAUAAAUACUUAUGGAGCAUAUGUAAUAGGGUCCGGGUUUGCCGGAGGUGCGGGAUGCCGGACGAUCUCGGUUGUUGUUUUUUUAACGCGGCAAUCAUUUUACAAGGCAAAACCAUGCAGGUAAACUCGUACCUUAUAACAUAAGCCCCCAUAUAUCUGAUUGUUUGCCACAGGAUGGAGUGCAUGUUCUAUGAGUACUGAGUUAUUGAAUAUGCCUUUCUAGUUGCUGUCACCCACUGAAGAUAGUAAGUGUUUAUUUUUGUGGCUUUUUUGCCAGUUUAUGAUUAUGUGCAUUGCUCAGUAAAUGACAAAAUAUCACCAUUAUAUCACAAAGUACUUGAUUAUUAAGAAACAUUUUUUAUGUACAACACAAAGCUUGUGGGAAUACCAUAUGCAAUAGCAGUAGUAAAUAUACGGCACCUGGCAUUAAGUGUGUGUGCUUAACUAUUGUUUAGUGAAGGUGAGACAUAGAAGGAGAAUUGGGUAGGAAAAUUGUUAGAGGGAGAAGAAGAGUAAAUAAAAUUGAACUGAAUGACAGGGGGAAGGAGAGACUACUUACAAGUGGGUGUCUAAAGGUGAUUCCUCAGUCCCCCAGUGCCAAAUUUGACCUUUCAUUUUAAAACUUAUUUGUUUAUUAUGCAAUUUCACUUCAGAACCCAUCCAUAAUUACACAUACAGCAUGUGAGCGGUAUUUCCACUGGAAAGGCGUUUGCAUAGGGCUAAAAUCUUGCUUUUUCAAGUAUGAUGCAUACAAGCAAAAGUGAUGGUUUUAUUCAGUUGGGCAUCCACAAUAUAAUUGAAAACUUUUUUUAAAUUAUAAUGCACACAUAUAAGUGAGUGCCCUCUUUUAUAGCUGCACUACCUACUGAAAUGAAGUAUAUGGACAUGUUCCUCCCUGUAGCAUGAUUAUUUAUUUUAUUUAUUAACAGUUUCUUAUAUAGCGCACCAAAUUCCAUUAUGCUUUACAACUGGAAACAACCGUGAUCGAACAAAACUGGGUAAUAACAGACAGUGAUAGAGGUAGGAAUACCGUCGACACAGGCUAUUCUCCCUCUAUAGGUAUCCAUAACACCCAUAGAGGGAGAAUAGAACCUGUUCCUGCAAGGGGCUCUCUCUAGCGCUCGCCCCGCAGCUGGCAUCACGGCGGACGGGAUUCUGCUGUCAGGAUCAUGACAGUUGGGAUCCUGUCCGACGGCAUUUCAUAGCACCACUACUUUUGCUGUUAAUAACAGGCAUGCAGAAUCAGCUAACAGGCUUGGACUGGCCCACAGGAGAGUAGGGGAAACCCCCGGUGGGCCCCACUGCCUGGGGCCCCACCUCAUCCUCUAGGGAUCUAUUUCUAGACUGUAAAAAUUAUACAUUAUACAUAUGUUACCUUAUACUGCACAGGGAUAUAGUGCAUUCUCUACAGUACAUUGCUGUUAUUAAUCUGGUAGAUUAUUGGCCAGCAGUAUUUACUAUAUAUAUUUAUCAAGGUGCCCAGACCAUACACUCUCCAAUGAUUAACCAAGCCUCUGUGGUGAUUAGUCACACCCCUACAGGGACUGGAUACACCCCUAAGCAUGGGCCUCUACAACUGCAUUCCCCCCGGUGGGCCCUUCAUGCCCCAGUCCGACUCUGCCUCUUCCUGUAUAAUUGUUUUAAUUCUCUGCAAACCUUCUGAUGAAAUCACCUAUGUAGGCCAAUGCCCAGCAAAUUGAAACAGUCCUAUCAGUUCUGUAUAUAAUACGUACACACGCAUAUGCGUUUACAGGUGUCAGCUCUGACAUGCUUUGAGGGCAGUCUCAGUUAUUCACACUCACUAAAUACAAGGAAACUUUGGAGUCAAUUCGGUUAAGUGCAAGAUGAGGUUAUCUCUGUGAUCUCGCACUGCAAAUUCAUUUAGCAAUCCAGUUAGAAACUCGCACUGAAACAGUCAGAGUAACCACGCAUUUUUCCGUUUGCACCUCAGUGAGGGUGAGAUAUGGUAUGAAAAAAACGUAUUUUAAGGGUAAAAUGCCGGGACACCGUGCAGAACACCUUGGACCCCCCUCCCCCAAUGACUAAUUAUGACAUUUAAAGUUUCACCCAAUUGGUUUGACCUUGAGUCCUAGUCAAACAGGCGUUCAUGAGAGAUUUCACUCCCAUAAUGCAUUGUUUGCUGUAAUUUUGGUUGUCUUUUCAUACACUUUGGGGUGACAUAUAAACUUGUCCACACACUGAAAGCAGCUUCUUCAUACUUAUGGUCGUAAGGGCUGGAAAGGGAUAUUUACAACCACUUUGCACAUUUCCUCUUUUUAACUUCUAUUAUUACCUCAACCUAUAGUGGAAAGCCUGGGAUUAGCCAAUGGCAUGUCAGCAACCAUGUACUUGAUCUUUAUUGCCAUAUACAGAACUUAAAGAAGCUGUUCACUUUUACAAAAGCCCUCUUUAAAAUGUACCUGAAGGGAACCAAAGUAACGACUGUUGAAUUUACUGCAACUUCAGUCAUUGCUGGUUUAACAACCCCUAAAUAGGUAAUCAGUAGAGUCAGGGGGGUGGGGUAUGGGUGACCGGUGCUUGGGGUCCGCUAGUUACCAUACCAACACUGGUAUCCUGGGGAGUAGAUUGCCCGCAUUGGGGGGCGAGCGCAACAAAGCCAUUUGCGAGCUUGCCACGCUGCGUCCUUGGUAGCAAGCUGCGGACGUCACAGAUUCUAUUCCCACUCUAUGGGUGUGGCAUGCCGACUGUCGGGAUUUAGAAGAGGCGGGAUGUAGCCGUCUGUAUUGUAACUGCCAGUCACAUAACUACAUCCCAGUAAGGCGUAUUCAUUCCUCAAGCGCAGAGAGCAAGCAGCUCAGCUUCGGUUACGGGGCUCCUGCGGAACCUCUCUCUUUGCUACAGAUAGGAAAGUUAAUGAGUGACUUGCAUAAAUGACCCUGUAGCCACUUAGCUUGCAAACAUUAUUAGCUGUCUACAGGGUUUAACAAUAUGUAUUUCCUGAUGUGGAAAUUAAACCUUUAUCUCUGAGCAGUGUACAGAUGGAAGUAGGAGCCAGAUAACAUAAUAGUCUGUAGAAAAAAAUUGGAAAUUGUUGUUUAACCUAUCUCAAUAAUAAAGUAUAUUACACUUACUUUGGAUUUACAGUGGUCCCUAUUCAGUUAGCUGCAGUUCAGUAAGGCUUGUAUUUCCUGACCUGCUACACUUGCCUUGUGUCAUCCGAGUGUCUUCUUAUCACUGAAUACAGGUUGUAUCACAAAACAUAUACUGUAUUUAUUGCUAAAUUAUUGUAGCAUUUGUAGAUAUUAUAAGAGGUGUAUACAGUGUUAAUUUAUUCCUGUGUAUUUGGGAUACCCCUUUCCAACAGACAAAGAUUUUGUCUUCAGCACAGGUAUAGAAGUAUCUUUCAGAGCGGUACCUGGCAUAAGAGAGAUUGAGGCUUAUGGAAUGAGAAAAAUGAGUUUACCCUUGCUGUAUAUUAUGUUUAUUAUGUUAUGUUUGAUAUAAGGUCUAUUUUAUAUUCUAUAUUGUCAAUAAACAUCUUUUAAAAAGCU